AUGGCUGCCACCACAAUCAGAAUGAAGAUGUUCAUGAUUCCUAACAAGACAACUACUCAAAAUCUUGAUACCUUUGCAAGCAGGAAGAAAACCUUUAGAUUACGCUGCAUAUCUUCUUCUGGUACAGCUGCUGCCACUGCCUGUUGCUCUCCCUCCUUUCAACUGCUUCGAUUAUAUUCAAUCCUUGAACACCGAGAAGAAAGGUACCUGAGAAGGGCUUCUGAGCUGAAAGUGGAAGUGAAGAAGAUGUUGGUGCAGGAGAAAGAAGUACUGUCAACUGUUGAAGAAUUGGAGCUGGUUGAUGACUUUCAGAGGCUUGGAAUAUCUUAUCAUUUUGAGGAUGAGAUCAAUCAAAUCUUGGCUUCUGUAUAUGAUCACAAGUAUGCAGGGAAGAAUUCUGAGGGAAAGGCAAAGGAUUUGUACUCUACAGCUCUUGAAUUCAGACUCCUCAGACAACAUGGUUUUGCUGUCUCCCAAGAGACGUUUGACACUUUCAGAAAUGAGAAAGGAGAUUUUGAUUCAAAUCUUGCCCACGAUACAAAAGGGUUGUUACAACUAUACGAAGCUUCUUUCUUGUCGAAACCAGGUGAAAAAACCUUGGAUCUGGCAAGAGAAUUCGCCACCAAUUUUCUGCAGAAAAAGUUUGAUGAAAAUAUUGAUGAUGAGAAUUUGGCGAUAUUGGUCCGCCAUGCUCUGGAGCUCCCAAUUCAUUGGAGGGUAGAAAGGCCAAAUGCAAGAUGGUUCAUUGAGGCAUAUGAAAGGCGACCAGAUGUAAAUCCACUUGUACUUGAACUCGCAAAAUUGGACUUCAACAUCGUUCAAGCAACACAUCAACAAGAGCUCAAACACGUCUACGGAUGGUGGAAGCAAACAGGGAUAGCUGAAAAUCUGCCAUUUGCGAGGGAUAGGAUGGUGGAGUGUUACUUCUGGACCGUUGGAUAUUUCUUCCACCCUGAACAUAGAUAUCCAAGAAUGAUGAUUGCAAAGCUCAAUGCUCUCAUAACAGUAAUUGAUGAUAUAUUUGAUGUCUAUGGUACCCUCCAAGAAUUACAACUCUUCAACAAUGCUAUUCGAAGGUGGGAUGUUGAAGCUAUUGACAAACUUCCGAACUACAUGCAAAUCUGUUAUCUAGCACUCUACAACCUCAUCAAUGAGACGGCAUAUGAUGUUCUGAAACAACAAGGACUUGUCAUCAUUCCACAUUUAAGAAAAUCAUGGGCAGAUUUAUGCAGAACGUAUUUACAAGAGGCGGAAUGGUACUUCAGAGGGUAUACACCAACACUAGAAGAAUAUAUGAAUAACGCAUGGAUUUCAGUAUCAGCUCCUCUGACACUAUCGCAUGUAUACUUUGCUGCCGCGAAUCGAAUAGAGAAUGAGGUUGUUGGAUCCUUGCAUAAGUAUCAAGACAUAGUUCGGUAUUCAGGAAUGAUUAUGCGGCUUGCAGAUGAUAUAGCAACAUCACCGGCUGAGAUGAAAAGGGGGGAUGUGGCAAAAGCAGUAGAGUGUUAUAUGAAUGAAAGGGGUGGUAGUAGAGAAGAGGCAGAAGAGUAUGUAAGAUAUUUGAUAGAUGAGACAUGGAAAAAGAUGAAUGAAGGAGCAGCAGUAGCAGUUGCAGCUGAUGAUUCUCCAUUCCUAGAAGAUUUUGUUAGAAUUGCAGCUGAUCUUGGGAGAACGGCGCAAUACUUUUACCAGCAUGGAGAUGGGCAUGGAAUUCAGACUCCUCAGAUCAAGGAACGCAUUCCAACUUUGUUGUUUCAACCUAUCUUCUAG